UGCUCAAGGGACGACCCAGGAUGAGGUGAGCUCAGCAGAGUGUUGCCUCCAGGCGCGAUGGCUGCGGCUCCAAAGCCAACCUCCACAGCACGGGGGGUGCUGCCAGGCAUCCCUCACUAUGUCGACAGGGUCUCGGCCGAGUGCAUUUGGAAGGAGACCCUGGAUAAGGAGUGCAGGCUCUACCAGGAGGGCAGGGCACAGAACGCCGGGCCGCAGCCCUUUGUCAUGAACUUGGCCAACGCCCAGCGCUUGGGCGAUUUCAUGGCGCUGAAACACCGCCACAGCCGCCUCGAGAUCAUCGCCCCCAAGGUGGAGAAGAACACUCCGCAGGCCAUUAUGUCCGCCGAGGGUGACAAGAAUAGCUUUGACUACAACGCGCUGAUGCACAAUCAAAAGAUCCCCUGCGAGAAGUGGGACAUCCCCUGCACUCGAGCCCAGGAGAUCGGAUGGCUGAUAGCCACUGGCAGCAGUGCCGCAGCUGUAGAACAAAGCAAAGUUCGAAAGAGGUAUCCAGAGGCCGAGGCGCUUGGCAUCUGCAAGCCGCCGAAGAGCCGAUCCACGUCCAGUUUGGAGCGCAUUGACCGGGACUUGCCGCGAGCGCCCCCGGACACGCGGCUCCGGGAGCUGAACAACAACCGGUUCUACCGGCCAAAGACGUUCUGUGAAAUCACGCUCUACGCAGACAACUAUGUGUCCACGAUGCACGCCGAUCCGUUUAGCAAGUCCGGAUCUGGCCGUUAGAUGGUACCCGGCUUCGCUUUGCCCCCGCAUCGACAGGCUGUCCUUGUGUCCCUUGGGUCCGAAGCUUUGUGACUGAGUCAGAUGGCCUCAGCCCUUCAAAGAAAAAGAGGAAGCGUCUCAAUGCGUCUCACCUCCGCUCUGGCCAAAGGCCAGCUGUCAAGCGGUGCUGC